CAGAGAGAUCAAGUUUUACCAGGGAUGCACAGUAGUAAAUAAUAUGCAGUCGAAGCUCCUGACAUUUGGACUGGAGAGCCAUGAAGGUUCUUAUCCUUGCCUGCCUGGUGGCUCUUGCUCUUGCAAGGGAGAAGGAAGAACUCAAAGUAUCUGGUGUGGAUGAACGCCAGGAUAAAAUCCACCCCUUUCUCCAGCCACAGCCUCUAGUCGAUCCUUACACUGAGCCCAUCCCUUACACUGUCUUUACACAAAAUGUCCUGCCUCUUGCUCGGCCUGCUAUGGUGCUGCCUUUCCUUCAGCCUGAAAUAACGGAAGUCCCCAAAACUAAGCAGACCAUGUUGCCUAAGCGCAAACUGAUGCCCAUUCUUGAAUCUCCAACAGCGACCUUUACAGAACGCCAAACCCUGAAUCCCUUUGCUCUGCCUCUGCUCCAGCCCUUUGUGCACCAGGUCCCCCGGCUUCUUCCUCAGACUCCGCUGAUUCCUCCUCAGUCCCUGCCAUCCCUUCCUCAGCCCAAAGUCCUGACUUUACCCCAGCAAGUGGUACCCUACCCCCAGAGAGAUAUGCCUGUCCAGGCCCUUCUGCUGUAUCAGGAGCCUCUACUGGACUCCACCCAGGAGUUCUACCCUGUGACUAAACCACUUGCCCCAGUUUCCAACCCCAUUUUUGUCUAAAAGGAUUUCAGAGUUAAUGUCCUCUUCUUACUUUUGAAUUGACAGCGACUGGAAAUGUGGCAUCCUUUCAAUCUCUGUAUCAUGUUACCAAAAAUAAAUAAUUUUUAAAAGAAGAAUUUUUAAAGGGAAAAAAAUUUUUAUAUGGAAAAAGUGAAAAUUUAUUCCUUUACUUAUUUAUGCAUUAUCUGGCAUUCCUCUUGAUUUGAAUUCAACUCAUUCAACUUUGCAUUUUCCAAAUUUUCAUUCAACUAAUAUCAUAGGAGUUCAAUUUUGAGAUGGAAAUGCCAUAAGCAUACCAAAAGUAUGUAUGCAAAUAGUUUCUGGAAUUGUGCUUAUUAUUUUUUUUUAAGAAAUUAUUUCCUAAAACCAGUCAUGUCAAUAAAUUAAUCC